UUUCUUGGUCGGGACGGUUAUAGGGAGCACAGGAACCGCGCUCUUCUCAGAGCUUGUUUAAAAUCAUGCCGAAGUUUUAUUGUGACUACUGUGAUACUUACCUUACACAUGACUCGCCGUCGGUGAGGAAAACCCACUGCAGCGGUAGGAAACACAAGGAAAAUGUGAAGGAUUACUACCAGAAAUGGAUGGAGGAGCAGGCCCAGAGCCUGAUCGACAAAACAACGGCUGCAUUUCAGCAGGGAAAGAUUCCUCCCACACCGUUCCCCGGUGGCCCUCCCCCAGCUGGCCCUCCUCGACCGGGCAUGCUGCCAACUCCCCCCAUGGGAGGUCCACCUAUGAUGCCCAUGAUGGGGCCUCCACCACAUGGGAUGAUGCCCGGUGGGCCUGGAGGCAUGAGGCCACCGAUGGGAGGACCCAUGCAGAUGAUGCCAGGACCGCCACACAUGAUGCGCCAUCCUCGCCCAAUGAUGAUGCCAGUCAGGCCGGGCAUGGCGCGACCAGACAGAUAAGGCCGAUUGGACUUUAUGUGCCCUUUGCUGCCAUGAACAGAUGCUGUCCGGUGAAAACCCGUCUGGAUGUUUCAGUGCAACUUUUUAAAGUUUGUUCAACCAUUAUCCCCAUGAUUUCAAUGGUCAGGUCUGGAUUCUCUGGUUUAGUUUCUGGUAUUUAUUUCGGAAACCUUUUAUUUCAGCCCUCUUCCGACCCCUCGCCCACACAUUGAAAAACAGUUUCACAUGGCAAUAUUUGUUUUUUGUUUUUUUUCUUUUAUUUUUCUUAGUUUUUUUUUAGUUUUUUUUAUAUCGAUUGCGUUGGUUCGAGAAAUAAAACAAUGCUUUCAAAAAA